AUGCCCACUAAUUCUACGUUAUUGUAUCUCCAGUCCAAGGUUUACGCUCAUAUCGAGGCUAUCAAUAAAGGAAAAGUUUCCUAUCAGGCUGGACAAGGUUUGUUGAAAAGACUUUGCUUGCAAAAAGGACUGUGCGGAAGGUGUUCAAGAACUUGUAAAAUAUAAAAGGAACAAAGACCCUUGCGUAAUAAAUUUUGUUGUUGUCGCGUAACGUAUGCGAUCUAGUGACAUUCUUUGCCGAAAUAUCUUCGUCCGCAAUUAGUAGUUAUUGUAAAGUGUUACAUAAUGCGGUAGCAUGAGUGUUUCUUGGCUCUCGAGUUCCGUAGCGGUUUUGAAGGAUUUCGAGAUAAGUUUAGGUUUAGAUUCGAUCCGAAGGGUCUCAGUAGUAGUGUAGUGUAGUAGUUUGGUGUUUCGUCCAACCAAGGUUGUUCUAUUCGUUUCCUAUUGCUUUAACAACUUUCUCAAUCUUACUAAUUUUCGCCUCGAAAAUUGCCUUACAGUGAUGAAAGACUGGACUUUGGCAAAUGCUUUCAGCCAGCAAUCGGGUGGCAUGAGAUACAGAAAUGGACAACUGUGUGUUCCUACCGCUGGACCGUAUUAUAUCUACGCACAACUAUACUUUCACACCAAGGGGAGGGUGGAGAUUCGUAAGAAUAACAAAAAGGUCACUAUGCUUCAACCAGCUGAAGGCACAGGUUACUUACCCCUUUAAACAGGGGGAGUGUUUCUCUUAAGAAAAGGUGACGUCAUAUCGCUACAUUCGAAUGACAACGUCGUGAUUUAUAUGUCUUCUGCUCACACUUAUUUUGGGGCGUUUUUGAUUUGA